AUGCACCUGUGGUACAUUUACACAAGUCUGGUUGCACACAAGAGCACCAAAGCCCAGAAAGCCAACUGCAUCCUGGGCUCCAUGACAAAAAGCAUGACUGGCAGGUUGAAGGCAGUGAUUCUCCUCAUCUACUCGGAUCUUCUGAGUCCCCACCUGGGCUCAGACAUGGAGUCUUCAGCCCAAGAAAGACAUGGACCUGCACGUAUAAAAGGCAGGCCAAGUCUCUGCUCUCUCAUCCACUUCUCUUGCUUCCUUCAACUUGGGAACCAGGUGCACCUGCGGCCUCAAGACAUGUCCUGCAACACACAGUGCCGUCCCUGCCAGCCCUGUGGCCCCACCCCGCUGGCCAACAGCUGCAAUGAGUGCUGUGUCAGGCAGUGCCAGAACUCCACCGUUGUCAUUGAGCCUCCUGCUGUGGUGGUGACCCUGCCUGGCCCCAUCCUCAGCUCCUUCCCACAGAACACCGUGGUGGGAUCCUCCACCUCUGCUGCUGUUGGCAACAUCCUCAGCUGUGAUGGAGUGCCCAUCAACUCCGGGGGCUUUGACCUCUCCUGCAUCACCAGGCGCUAUGGUGGCAACAGAUGUCGUCCCUGCUAA